AUGUUGGAGACUAAUAAUGUUAGUGUUGUUAGUGGUGAAUAUGCUGCUGCUGGGUCUGCGAGGGAUGUUAAAGUUAGAAAUGAAAAGUCAUCUGGACCGUUCGCCGCCACUCAAAUGUGGAACAUGCUGUUGCGAUCAUUCAAAGAUGGCAUGCCGGUGGGCAGACACAGAAAAGGUUUCAAAAGCUACCAAAACUGCUUCAUUGGGUCAGAUGCUGUGUCCUGGAUGCAUGAUAACAUGCAAAAUCUUCUGAAGACCGAUGUCACUAGGUCUCAGGUAGUGACACUCCUGGAGAAAUUUUACAAAGUUAAACUUUUUAGAGAUGUGGAUAAAUCGAGUGAAGGUACUGAAUUUUGUGAGGGAAGCAAACUUUACAGGUUCAGUACUGAGGAGGAGGAGGAGGGAAGCGAUGUGUUGGAACUGGCUGUCUUGCUGCAAUCAACAUCUGUCAACAAAUCAUCAUCCAAACCUUCAUCAUCUUUGUCGUCGUCAUCAUCUUCCAUGUCGCCAAACAGAAUAUUCAGAAGGUUCAAUUUGAAGUCUGGCCACAUGGAUGUUAAUAUACCAAGAAGUAAUUUCAAGCCAAAAGUCACAAAUUCCAACAAGAUGAGACAGAAAUUGAAUGUUUCAGAUGUUGUUGUCAUGGUUAACAGCAACAUCUUUAACAGCAGUAAUGUUGUUAAUGACAGUAGUGACACAACAAGAAACAACAACUUUUACAACAACAAUAACAUCAGCAACAAUAACAUCAGUAACAAAGUAAAUAAUAACAAAAUUGGAUUAUCUAGAGGGAACACAUUUAGUUUUUCAUCAAAGAUGGACCCCCAAACACCUCAAACAUCACAAACACCUUACAUUGCACUCUCAGAAACACAGGCAAGAAACUUUUCUCUAAAAAAAUUUGUUACCAAAAAGACUGAAACUAAAUUAAGUAUGCAUUCCAAUUUGGAAAUGAACAGAGAAACGAAUGUUGAAAGUGAUGAUUUCAUCCUUAGAAAUCCUAAUUUUAGGGAUGAAUCUGAAGUUAUAAAAAUGGAAGUUAAGUUGGCACCACUAGCUUUCAACAUUGAAAAUGGUUUCAUUCUUGGCUUAUCAAGUUUGGUGGCUGAUCCAAGCUUUCGCAAUGCAGUUGGCAGCCUGGAUGUGAACGUACAAUACAUCAUACACAAUGUCUCCAUUGUUAACAAAAAUGCCAUGCCUACCAAUAUCGACAAGAAAAACCCAAUGAAUAACAAUGAAAAACCAGAUGUACAUGUUGAAAUGAAACGUGAGAACGUAGCUGGUAGCAACGUCAGCAACAAUAACACUAACAAUAACAAUGGCUGCAACAGCAAUGGUAACAUGAAUAACAACAACAACAACAACAACAAAGGAGAUGACACAAUGGAUGAUGAUGUUCUUGAUCUUGUAUGUGAAUACACAGCAGAUGUGAAUGAUUCAGCACUCAUCAGUCCACAAAUUCUUCAGAUCAUCAAACUUGCCCAUGAGAGCCAAAGAGUCCAAGCAGAAAUAUCACAAAAAAUACAACAGAAAAGGAUUCAUAACCAGAGAUUGAAUAAUAAGUUUGAAAAUUUUCUACACAAUCAAUCGACACUCGAAACUUGCUUUGGCUUAGAAAAUAAAACUCCAAAGACAACAGUGAAGAUGUCCUCCAGGUUGAGCAGUUCCAUGUAUGCAAAGAUUGGCGACGUCUCCAAGUUCAUUGACGAUGAUGGCGAAGGAGUGGAUGAUGAGAACGCUGAUGACCGAAAAAUGACGUUUUAUGAUUUUUUAAAUAGUUCACCCCCGCCAAAAAUAAUCCACAAAGGUUUUUUUCAUUCUCAGUUUUUUUUCCUUCCUGCUAACAAGCAAUGGAAAACAAAAAAACAAAGAAAAAAAUCGAUUACAAAGUCGGUGGACAACAUAGCAAAGGGCGGCUGCAGCAUCAGUAACCACAGCAACCACACAACCAACAACAACACAAAAAACGACAACAACCACGUAAACAACAGAAGUUCUCACCACUACCACAACCUCUACACCGAGGGAAAGGGGAAGCUCAUCAGCAUGUUUGGCAGCAUCGGCAACAUCUCCAAUAAGAAUUUGUACAACAAUAGCAAUAAUACUAACAACAAUUACAACAACAAUGAAAAUAACGCCAACGAUCACAAUAGUAUGGGUGCUUAUAAUGUUAAGAAUAGUAAGGAGAGGAAGGUUAAGGUCAACAAAUCUCUUGUUGAUGACGCUGAUGAAAUCAUGAAGAUGUUGAUAGACAACCAUGCAUCCCUACAAAAACAACAGCAACAAACGAAAAGUGUUGCAAAUGUUGAAACUACAGCCACUCAACUAAACAACAACAACAUUUUGCAACAUUCUUUUGAAACCCUCUCAAAAUCAUCUGCCAAAACACCACCUUACAUACCUACAAUGUGCAACGACGGCGUUAAAAAAAUCAACCCGUCUGCUACCAAUACCAACAAUUUCAACAAAAAUACCAGAAUAUUUACUGACAGUUACCAUAUCAACGUUGACAACACCAAACAUGUAAAUGUUGAUAAUAAUGAUUACUGCUAUUUCCACCUCUCAAACAUUGGUCACCAACAUUUUAACAAAACCAGCACCAACGAUACAAAUUAUAACAACAUGAGUCUUAACAAUGCUGCUAAUUAUAACAAUGCUAAUGAAAUCAACAGAGACAUUAAUGUUGCUAACAUUCCCAAUAGCAACAACCUCAUCAGUGCUGAUUGCAACAAUACUAACAAAAUGAAUAGUAACAAAGAUGCCUUGAUAGCAGUUAUGCAGCAUAUGAUGUUGGUGCUCCCUCCGGCCAACAGGAGGAUGCUGAUGAUUCUCGUCAGGUUGCUCUCCAAAAUUGUCUUCCCAAACAGCAGCAGCAGUGAUGUAAAUAGCAACAACAACAUCAACAGCAGUGACAUCAACAGCGAUUUUUACAGCGCUUAUGAAAUAUCAAGAUUGGAUGGCAAGCAAAUUAAAUUAUUGGAUGCAUUUGCUUCAUUCAUCCUCUCGAAAGAUUCAUCCAUCUGUCAGUCAUCCAUGGAAAUCCUCCUUUACAUGAUGAGAUACUACAGCUCGAUGUUCAAGGUUCCCCCAUACAUUCAUGGGAAUAAAUUACUCUCAUUCUUUUUUUCGGAAUCGAAGGUUCGAAUUCACUUUCAUCACUCGAGGUUAUUUGUGCCAAUUCGAUGUUUGAAGCAGAAAUAUUUACAUUAUGAGAUGGUGCAUGCGUACAACAAGGAGAGGUCGAGAUUGGAAGUGUUGCAUGAGCAGAAGGAGAACGUGUCGUACAGACCAAACAGCUGGCAGACCAAUCUCCACAACAUGCACGUACAGAGGCCCUUGAAAUCAAUUCUUAAGAAAAAUGUCCACGUUGUUAAGCCUGUCAGUCAUUUGGAAGCUGAAGAUUGCAUUCAACCAAUAAAGUUAUGGUGAUGUUACUCAAGAGAUGAUGAUGAUGAUGAUCAAGGUGAUAAUGAUAACGAUGAUCAUGGUGGUAGUGGUAGUAAUAUUAUCAUCCAACCAACCGUCACAUGCUACGGGUGUUUUAUUCAUUUACUAAUCGCCUGAUAAGAGAAAGUUGUUUUUUGGACUGAAACUCGUUGAUAUAAUAAGACUUGGUCGUUUGCCUUACCUUCAAUUAUUUUUUUAUUCUCCGCACCAGAUUUUUUUGGCACAUUCCAUGUCAUUAUCAUUACUUAAAUAGAUAAUUAUUCAUUUAUGUACUGUUAAUUUAGAAAAAAUAAAUUUGUUGGUAUUAA